AUGGGUGCGGUGGAGGACAGGAUUAGUGAAUUGCCUGAACCCUUAAUCCAUCACAUUCUCACAUUUCUUCCGAUCAAAUCUGUUGUUUCAACCACACUCUUAUCAAAAAAAUGGAACAAUCUCUGGUUAUCUCUUCGGGUUCUAGACUUUACUCAAUGGCGAUCUUCUACAUACAAAAAUCAUAUCGAAGAAGAUUCUGAUUCAUAUACAGGUUCCGAUACAGAUACUGAGCAAGACGAAUAUCGAGUGAUCAAAGAUUCACCUCCAGUUGACUUAUCAGAGACUAAUAGGUUCAUUGAUUUUCUGGAUAAGGUAUUGUUUGUCGAUGAUAAAUUAGCUCAUAUAAAGAUAUUUUUUCUCCAAACUGAUAGUAUGUACUUUGAUCAAGACCGUGUAAAGGAAUGGAUCAAAGCGAUUGUUAUGCGUAGUGUUGAAGAGCUCAUUCUUUCAAUUAAGUGCUCAGGGCCUAGAGUGAUUCCGUUAGAACUAUUUUAUUGUGAAUCAUUGACUGUGUUACAUUUGUGGUUCGAUAACAAACAAGUAAUAGAUCAAUCACCUUUAUCAACACUCUCUUUUAAACGACUUAAGAUACUUCGGCUUUCAUUUAUUCAUUUCAAGGAUAAGACAUUUGCAAUGCAGAUUUUUUCUAAUUGUCCCGUACUUGAAGAUUUGCAUAUGAGUACUGUCAGUUGGAAAGGUUUAGAUGUUAUAUGUUUUGCGUUACCUCAGCUUAAGUUUUUUGACAUAUGUGGUUUUGGAAGAGAACGUAUUGAGGAUGUUAAAGUUAAGUUUGAUACACCAAAUUUAGUGUCACUUACAUGGUUUGAUCAUCUUCCCGAAGAAUUCAUUGUGGAUAGCUUUCCAUGUUUAGUUGAAGCUGGUAUUCGAUAUAGCUUAGCAGAAGGUCAUACUAAAAACAGAUAUGAUUCUUUGAAUAAGUUUAUUGAGAAGGUGUCUCAUGUAAAGCACCUAAUGGUAUCCCAUACAUACUUCCGGCCCAAGAUUCUCGAAGACUCAAGUGUUCUCCCUAUAAGCUACCAUACCUUCCGUAAUUUGGUCAGUUUCGAAGUGGAUGUUAUUUAUUAUGGGCAAAUCGGACUACUUUUCGACACAAUUCUGGAGUUUUCGCCAAAUUUAACAUCACUCAUCUUCAAUCAGCUCCUCACGUAUCAUAAUGUCGGUGAGGAUUUGUUGCCAUUAAAUAUAGUGCCGCGCUGUUUAUCGUUAUCCCUCAAGUCCAUUGAAUUUCGAAGAUUUUACGGUUGCCCGAAGGAGAUGGAGGUGGUGAAACUAUUUUUGAAGAAUGCUAGAGUUCUUCAAACGGUUACUCUCGGAAGUUUAUCGCACCAUUUGGAAUAUCUGAACAAGAAGAAACCCACAGCUAAGGAAAUAGAAGAUGCCAAUAAUAAAAUUCUGGAACAAUUACGGGCGUUUUCAUGGGCUUCAUCUGAUUGUGUGGUUAAGUUCUUAAACCUCUAG